AUGUCUCUGAACUACAUCAAAAACUUCUAUGAGGGAUGUCUCAGGCCUCCGACGGUCAUCGGACAGUUCCACACCUUGUUCUUCGGCUCGGUGCGGAUGUUCUUUCUGGGCGUUCUGGGCUUCGCCGUUUACGGGAACGAGGCGCUGCACUUCAGCUGUGACCCUGACCGCCGAGAACUCAACCUGUACUGUUACAACCAGUUCAGACCCAUAACGCCACAGGUGUUCUGGGCGCUCCAGCUGGUGACGGUGCUGGUUCCGGGGGCCGUGUUCCACCUGUACGCCGCCUGUAAGAACAUCGACCAGGAGGAGAUCCUGGAGCGUCCGCUCUACACCGUCUUCUACAUCAUCUCUGUUCUCCUGAGGAUCAUCCUGGAGGUCAUCGCCUUCUGGCUGCAGAGCCACCUGUUCGGCUUCCAGGUCCACCCCCUGUACAUGUGCGACGCCAGCGCGUUGGAGAAGGCGUUCAACGUCACCAAGUGUAUGGUCCCCGAACACUUUGAGAAGACCAUCUUCCUGAGCGCCAUGUACACCUUCACCGUCAUCACCAUCCUGCUGUGCAUCGCCGAGAUCUUCGAGAUCCUCUGCAGACGCCUGGGUUACCUCAGCAACCAAUGACCGGGCGCCGCACGCACACCAACACCGCAACGCACACACACGUCUACAUUUGUACACGGAUUCUGACAGGUUUUAUUGGCUCUCGGUUAACCGCCACCGCCGUCGGACUCUGGCAGCUAACGAGAGGGCGGGACAUCAACUGAGGGGGUUGAACCGAGAGAUCUGAGCAUGUGCAGUAGAGUCAUGGCUGGCAAGUCUGACAUAUUGUCCAGGUGUUUUUGGCAUAAACCGUUGAGUGAAUCCCCCUGGAUAUGUUCCAGAUACCAGGGGGUCCGGACUGGUCUGGGACGGACAACAUCCUCCUGUCACUGCGAACCGCUGGAGGACAAGGACGAG